AUGUGUUGGAGCUUCACCCCAGUCAAUGAUAUUGACGAAAUCCCCAGGAAUACGUUCGCCCUCCGCUGCAUCUUCUCCAUCUACCCUGGGGAUGACCGAAAUCAAACCAAACCCUCCACCGCAAGUAAGAAGGAUCUCGCACCGAUGUUGCAUCCCAAGCUUCCUGAUUUCUCUCUCGACCUUGCUGGGGUGGUAGCCAUUGCCGACCUCUCGACUGUCUCCCAACGCACGGUCAUAACUGGUACGGCCGCCCUGCUAGACUGUCUCAUACUCUGCCCGGGCUUGCACCUCCAGCAGCAUGCCUCCAAUCUCAACAAGGGCGAAUACCCGGCGGCCGCCGCGAUGACCAGUGGCUAUGUGUUCCGUAUUGAGAACCCAGCCACGGUGCACUACCUCCAGAAGAUCAGCAAGACAGCCCAUCUCACCACCGUCGAAGUCAUCAACAUUGACAACCAUAUGAGCUGGGCGGGACAGGCCGCUAAUGUCCUGUUCAUCACGGCCAAUGCCAACAUAAUCUCCGUCCUAACCUACACGAUAGCUGCUUCGCUGACCAUCGCUGUCCUCGUUUGCCUGAUCCUAAUGAAGGAUUGGUGGGGCCUGUUUGUGAUCCUGAUUAUGAUUCUCGCGCGCGCCCUCAACGUGAUUUUAAUCCGUCUUCGGAGCCGGCUAGGCUGGAUCGGCGCAUCCGAAACGGGCCGAAGCGAUCUGCUCGUUCUACUGAGCCAAGACCGAUGGGUGCGUAUUCAGGGCGCCAUCGACGAUGUAAAAGCCGUCACGGCGGGCCAGUGGCUCCGCGAGAUGGAGGCCUACGAGAGCUGGGUUGCCGCCAUCGCCACUGUACUUACUUACCUCGAUGCCGCUCUUGCCAGCAACGCAACUCAAUUUGGAAAACUCCUCCUGGUCUUGCUGUUGAUUGUCUCAGCUGGUUUGCUUGCUGUUGCUAAUCAGUUCACCACUAAACUGCAGAUGCACGGGAAUGUCUUGGAGGUAAGAGGGAAGCCUCAUAAAUACCAGAGACGCUUGGACAUGGCUGAGCAGCUUAUCGCGGAGCAUGGAGGGAAGAGGGGCUGGGCACUUCGACUAGGGCUGAUAAAUUCGGAGGACUAUUUUGAUUCGGACGUGGAAUCUCGAGGAGGUUCGGCUUCGUCGGCCACCGGGUUGGGAAGCCUGGGGGCCGUGCGUCGGAAAGCGGGCACGGUCGAGGGGAUACAUGCUGUCACGAUGUGA